AUGUUUGGAGGAGGGGGAAAUAAUCCAUACGACGACAUCGUCGUCAAGACGACAGAUGAAAAUCUGACAUCCGAGAACUGGGAACUCAUCCUGAAUUUGUGCGACAAGGUCAACGAUGAGGGUCAGGAAGGAGCACACAAUGUCAUUGCCGCGACACUCAAGCGAUUGGCACAUCGUAAUCCCAACGUCCAACUCUAUGCCCUCACUUUGGCCGAGGCAUUGUCAAAGAACUGCGGAGUGGAGUUGCACAGGGAAAUAGCUUCUCGCGCGUUCACCCAAGGAUUGGAGAAACUGAUAGCUGAUCGGACGACCCAUGAGAAGGUUAAACGCCGGGCCUUGGCUCUCAUUGCUCAGUGGACCUCCGAGUUCGAAAGCAAUCCGGACCUUGGCGUCAUGGAAGAUUGCUAUAACAAUCUAAAGGCUAAAAAUCACAAAUUUGAAGCUCCUCAAGAAGCUCCUCCACCUACGGUGGAUGAUGAGAUUCGGCGGAAAGAGGAGGAGGAGCUGCAGCGUGUCUUGGAGAUGUCCAUGCAAGAUAAAGGUGGGCGAACCCAAUGGCAGUCCCAAUACUCCCUUGUUGGGUCUGGGUCGGGUGCUGGCGCGUCGAGCUCCUCGGCCAAUCGCCCUGCCUCUUCUUCGUCUAUUUCUCAGCCCGUUGCAACUAACAUCACCAGUGCAUCGAAAGCAUACAACCAACCUCUUUAUCAAUCGGGAUAUGUACCAGCACGCACCCCAUCCCCUAAACCUCAGCCACAGUCCCCCGUCCGCCAAAGCAGCUAUCAUGAGCCCACGCCAGCGCCAAUUUCAACCACUACCGCUCCAGCACAGUCUGCGUCUACGCCUGCGCAAACACCAUCAACCACGGCAGCCACGACGAUGCCAACGGCAGCAUCCGUGAACAUCGUAACGCGUGUUCGCGCACUCCAUACUUUCGAACCCACAGAACCCGGGGAGCUUGCCUUCGAAAAAGGUGAUAUCAUCAAAGUGGUUGAUCGUGGGUACAAGGAUUGGUGGAGAGGCCAACUCAAGGGCAGGACGGGCAUCUUCCCGGUGAACUAUGUUGAACCAAUGCCUGAGCCUACCGCAACAGAACUUGCCAAAGAAGUCGAACAAGAGGCCGCGGUGUUUUCUCAAGCGGUUAAUGUCGAGAAACUGCUUGUUAUGCUUCGCGCACUUGAUCCAGCCAAAGAUAAUUUAGCGGAUAACGAGGAAAUUCAGGAGCUGUACAGGUCGAGCAUGGCUCUAAGACCCAAGAUAGUGAAGCUGAUCGACAAGUACAGUCAGAAGCGGGCUGACUUGGUAUCGAUGAAUGAGACAUUCCUUCGUGCUCGAUCUAUUUUUGAUCGAAUGAUGGAAGAAAGCCUUGCUAGACAUACUGGAGUCUAUGAUGCCCCCUACCGACCAUCGCAAUACCCACGGCCCGAUUCGAGGGGCCACGACUAUGCCCCCACCUCAGCGCCUCCCCAAACGUUUGGCUGGAAUCCCGCCGUCUACGAUCAGCCAGGUUAUAAUGCAUUCCCUGCUCCCGCUUCUGCGUACAAUGCCGCACCACCUGGGCCUGACCCAUCGAUGUAUCCACCAGGAGGUGCGCCGUACGUCGACCCUAAUGUGUACGCCCAGCAACAACAACCACUGGCGGGUUACCCUCAGCCGUACCCCAACCAUCAACAAGUGUACGGACCACAAGGCCCUACGCCAUACCCUGCUCAGCAGCAACAAGCGCCACUUCCCCAGCAGGCUUCGCCCCAGCAGGCUCCGCCUCAACAGGUCCAGCCUCUGCAACCCACCCAAGCCCAGCAGCAACCCCCGCAGCAGGCUCCCCAGCAAUCAUUCCCGCAGCAAGUCCAGCAACCGCAGCAAGUCCAGCAAGCCCAGCCUCAGGCCCAUCAACUUCAGCAGCCAAUUCAUGCCACGACGUUGGCACACACGCAGUCGUACUCUGCCCCUCAGGAUCCCACCAGCUAUGCAGCUCAAGAUCUGAACACGCAAACCCAGGCGCAGCCCCAAGUACAGCAAGGGCCCAGUGUAGCGCAAAACCAGCCGCAGAGUCAGGCGGAGCCCCAAGUACAAGUGCAGUCUACUGAGCAACCUUCCAAGCAGCAAUCAGGACCUCCAUAUGUAUUUGACCCCCACACCACCUAUGCCGAUCCGAACGUCCAAGCGUGGGCUCAAUAUUACGCCAAAGGCGGUACAGAUAUGGCAGGCACCGUGUAUUUUAUAUCUGUACCUGGCUUAACGGAUGCACCUGCACCUGUUGCUACUUCUCCUGUCGCUACUCAGCAGCAGCCUGAGCAACCCGCUCAAACUGCCCAGCCAACGGUAGUUCACCAAGCACAGGUUCAACCGCUGUCCACAUCUCCCCGGAGAGCAUCUUCCGUUCCAGAUCCGUACGCUGCGCAAUUUGCGGCUGCGACAACGCCUCAAAACGGCAGUGGGGGUGAAUUAUCGCCAUAUUCUUCACAAGGUCAAGAACAGGCGCAGCAGGCGUCCAAUGCUUCCGCCACCCCUUCUUGGCUUCUUCCUCGUCAUCCGUCGGCGAAGACGGGGGUUUCGUCUUCAUCACCACCACAGUCUCCUGUUCAGGGGAAUCCAGCAGCUGAACGGCGGACAUCAUUAGACAAUCCCCACGCCCACUACUACGGGGGUGCUCCUGCUCAACAGUUCGCUGGCCUUAGCCUAUCUGAUAACCCUGCUCAGAAACCUCUUGGUGCCUAG